CUCGCGGCACUGUGGACAAAUACGUUUAUCGAUGCCACGCGAUCUGUCAGUUGGAACGUUGCUGGCACGAGCACUCACACCGAGGAAGCAGGCGCGAGCGAGCGAGUGAGUGAGCGCGCACUGGGAUAUAUGCAACGUUGGUGCCCUCCAAACGAACAGGGAAUGAUUCCUAGUAGUUUUUACUUCCACCUGAUCUUCUGAACUUUCAUGGAUAGCUCUCAGGGAGGUUACAAAGAUCCCAGCUGUCGAUGAAAGCUCACGGACUCAUCAACUCAUCCCUCGCCCCCACAGACUUCAAUCACUGUGGGGUGCAUUAUUAGUGCACAGGUAAAAAAGAAUCUUUGAUCGUGAACUAAAAAAAGGUCCUAAAAAUGUUUUUUUGAGGAACUGGAAGACACAAAAAAGUUGUACUUGAUGUGGAAAAUGGGCUGAAGAUCUACAUUUAUGGAGGGACAUUGUAAUAUUGCCAGCCCGCCUUUUAUGAAUUCCGCUGUAGUAUCUACCACUGGUCGGAUGUUGUAAACCGUGCCCAUGUGAGGUUCCAUAGCGCGUGUGUUCAGUAGUUAGAAUGCCUGUGGUAGAGUCUAAUAGGUUCAGUGUUUGUUGACUAUUUCUGGAAAGAAGAAUUAAUUCUUGAGUGGAGUAUAUUGUUAUAACGAUGGCUUUUCGAAACGUGGAUAUGGCUUUCCUGUGUGUGACUGUGCUUGCAGUGGUGCAUUGCUGCUGUGGCCAAAGGAUGGAUAACGAAGAGAGGGAUAUUCGGGGUAUCCUAAGUGGAGCAGACGACUUCCGGGGCUAUCUGGUGGAGCUCGCCAAAAUUGUGACUGGCACUGGGAUGCUGAAGGAGAAAACGAGCCUGAAGGUGGUGAAGAGAUCACAGGACAACAUGGACAGCACGAUGCUCUGGGUCAAGGUCAAGAUGGAGGAGCUAUUGGAGGAGAAACAGAGGGCCGUCAAGAAACUGAAAGCAGCUGCGGAGAAAGCGAUGAAGAGUUAUGGGCCUUACAAGGAAUUCAUCGAUUUCAAGGAUGUGAACUACUUCAACGCCAAGAAGGUGGUCAUCGAGAAAGACAUCUCCACGAUGGACAACCAGUCUCGACAAGAGAUCACCAAGACCAUCAACUACCUCCCCACGAAGCCCACCUGGUCCUUCAAGCCACCGAUGAUGCGACCCCUGCUCAACAGCAACGUCAGCUCCAUCCAUGUGCCUACCAACAUCUACGACAAAU